AAAAAAAAGGAAAUUCGCGAGCAAUAUCCACACCACCACAAAGCACGACCACAAUGCAGCCAUGAUCACCGCCUCCCUCUCCCUCCCCGCGACCUCCUCCUCCUCCUCCGUCUCCGGCCGCCGCUCCCUCCCGCCGGCCACCGCCUUCCCAGCAGCUCCUCCCCUCCGCCCCCGCCUCCGCCACCGCCUCCUCUGCUCGGCCGCCUCCGCGUCUUCGACGGGGAGCGACGAGGGCGCCGGCGGGAGCACGAACGGCUCGCUGCCGGGCCUUCCCCCCGUCGCGGAGGAGGAGGAGGAGGAGGACGACGACGACGAGUUCUGCCCGGUGGAGUGCGUGACGGAGUUCAAGACGGACGAGGAGUUCCUCCGCGUCCUGGAGCGGUCCAAGGCGACGGGCGCGCUGGUGGUGGUGGACUUCUUCCGGCCGUCGUGCGGCAGCUGCAAGUACAUCGAGCAGGGCUUCAUGAAGCUCUGCAAGGGCUCCGGCGACGACGGCGCCCCCGUCGUCUUCCUCAAGCACAACGUCAUCGACGAGUACGACGAGCAGUCGGAGGUCGCAGACCGGCUUCGCAUCAAGGUGGUGCCGCUGUUCCAUUUCUACAAGGACGGGGUGUUGCUGGAGGCGUUCGCGACGCGGGACAAGGGGAGGAUCAUCGCCGCCAUCCAGAAGUACACCUCGUCGUCAUCACCACCGCCUGCUGAAUCACAGGAAUCACAGGAGGGAUAAUUUCCACUCAGGAUCAUGCAGUGAGCAAGAACUGUUAUCGAUCAUACUCCCUGUUUGCGUGCCUCUGCCAUGUCUGAACUCUCAAUCUCUACGACGAAGAAAUUAAUUGGCAUUCUAUAUAGGCCAUUGUAUCAUUAAAUCGUUCGCUACAAAGAGGAUGCCGCUAUUGUUAAACACUUUUAGCUGCAUCCUUUUGCGAUUCGCGUGUACCACUAUUACAGGGUGUCCAUCUCCCCUUAGUAAAACCUGGUUGAUUUACAGUUCAGAAC